AAAAAAAAUCCAACGAAGAGUUCAUUUCGUUUUGAUUUCUGUUUGUUUUUUGAUUUUUCGAUUCAAAUUUGAUCAGCAAUGUCUUUAUUGGUAGACAAAACCAGCACUGGCCGUGAGUACAAGGUCAAGGACAUGGCUCAAGCUGAUUUCGGUCGCCUUGAGAUCGAUCUAGCUGAGGUUGAAAUGCCUGGAUUAAUGGCUUGCAGAACCGAAUAUGGACCAUCGCAGCCUUUCAAGGGAGCGAGAAUCACUGGAUCUCUUCACAUGACGAUCCAAACUGCCGUCCUCAUGGAAACCCUAACCGCUCUCGGCGCUGAAGUCCGUUGGUGCUCCUGCAACAUUUUCUCGACUCAGGACCACGCCGCCGCCGCCAUGGCUCGCGAUAGCGCCGCCGUGUUCGCCUGGAAAGGCGAGACUCUGCAGGAGUACUGGUGGUGCACCGAGCGGUCCUUAGAUUGGGGCCCCGACGGUGGUCCGGAUCUGAUCGUUGACGAUGGUGGCGAUGUUACGCUGUUGAUCCACGAAGGAUUCAAGGCGGAGGAGGUCUUUGAAAAAUCAGGGACGCUACCGGAUCCUUCUUCAAGUACCAACUCUGAGUUUCAGAUUGUGCUCACCAUUAUCAGAGAUGGAUUGAAGACCGAUCCUAAGAGGUACCACAGGAUGAAGGAUAGAUUGGUUGGUGUCUCGGAGGAGACAACCACUGGUGUUAAGAGGUUGUACCAGAUGCAGGCUAAUGGAACUUUGCUGUUCCCCGCCAUUAAUGUCAAUGACUCUGUCACUAAGAGCAAGUUUGAUAACUUGUAUGGAUGCCGCCACUCACUCCCUGAUGGUUUGAUGAGAGCUACUGAUGUCAUGAUUGCUGGCAAGGUUGCUGUUGUGUGUGGCUAUGGAGAUGUUGGCAAGGGCUGUGCCUUCGCCCUCAAGCAAGGUGGAGCUCGUGUGAUUAUCACAGAGAUAGACCCAAUCUGUGCCCUCCAGGCAUUGAUGGAAGGCUUCCAGGUCUUGACCCUUAACGACAUUGUCUCCGAGGCUGACAUUUUUGUCACCACCACAGGCAACAAGGACAUAAUCAUGGUGAGUGACAUGAAGAAGAUGAAGAACAAUGCAAUCGUCAGCAAUAUCGGUCACUUCGAUAACGAGAUCGACAUAAAUGGGCUCGAAACUUACCCUGGAGUGAAGCGGAUUACAAUCAAGCCUCAAACCGAUAGGUGGGUCUUCCCCGAAACUAACUCGGGCAUCAUCGUGCUCGCUGAGGGACGGCUGAUGAACUUGGGAUGUGCCACUGGCCACCCCAGCUUUGUGAUGUCCUGCUCGUUCACAAACCAAGUGAUUGCACAGCUUGAGCUUUGGAAGGAGAAGAGCUCUGGAAAGUAUGAGAAGAAGGUCUAUGUUUUGCCUAAGCAUCUUGAUGAGAAAGUUGCUGCUCUUCACCUUGGCAAGCUUGGAGCUAAGCUCACUAAGCUCACUAAGGACCAGGCUGACUACAUUAGCGUCCCCAUUGAAGGUCCUUACAAGCCUGCUCACUACAGGUAUUGAACGGACAAGGUGAGACGAUAUCGGUUCUACGAUUUGAACGGUUUGUUGUUUUUAUUUCAAUCAAGUAUUAGAAUUCAUUAUAGAGCGAUAAGCUUCUAUUUGUCAUAA